AUGGGCUGGGUUUUAAAGGAGAGCCACACUCAGGUUUGCACUUUGGAAGACCCCUCUGGCCUUCAGGGUCUCUGGAGAAGUUGGGGUGCAGUAACAGAUGGAGUUCCUUUCUCUCCCCAGUCGUCCCAGGAGAGCUCCAAGGAUGAGCCCCGAGACUCGUCCUCUCAGAACUUCCGGGAAGAGGAGGAUUCAGGGCCCCCAUCUCAGAAACAGCAGGCCACCAGUUCAACAAGCAGCAAGCCCAUCAGCAACUCUGGCCCCUCCCGUAGCCCCCGGGGAACCUUGGAGUACCCGUCCUCCAGCAGCUCCUAUGAGCAGCUCCUAAAUGAGGAGUCAUCCAUGCAGCCAGAGGUUGGGAGUGACCAAAGAGGAGCUGGGAGUAUCUUGGAGGUGCCAUCCUGGGAGGACUCCGAACCACCUGGUGGGCUCUUGCCUUACUACCGCUCCAAGGAGGAGAAUUUUCCCAGCCUUUCUCAUAGGGCCUGCCAAAACCUGCCCAGCAGGACGGAGGCGCACGCUGGCUGCUUCCACAGGACAGCCAUCAGUGGGAGCUCUGUUGCCUCGGCAGGCCUGGACCUGGUCUCUGAGUCCUCGCCCAUCUGCUGCACCAUCCUGCUGGUCUCCGCAGGGCACUCCCACGACAAUGGCCUGGACACCACGUUGUCAAGCAAUGCUGCCUUCAGUGACCAUACCCUCCGUGACUCGGGAUUCGUGCCUUACUACAGAACCUCCGAGGAGAAGCUGCACACCAGCCCGGGGCCUUCUGCCUCUCUGCGGGCGGCCAGGAGAGCACAGGGGAGGGGCCCAGGGCUGGUGCACUCACACAGUAAGGACCAGAAGCCGGCAGCAACAAGAGCCAGGCCCCCAGCCCCUGCUGAUCAGUGAGGGCCAAGGUGGCCAGGGGGAAGGCUCCCAGAGCUCAGUUGCCUUGGGACCAGAGCCUUCUGGCUUUACUCCCCUGCCUCAGUGCCCACAACUUGCAGAGCUGGCAGGCUCUCCCGUCCCCUCUCAGCCCACUGAGUUGGGCACCCAGUGCCGGCUGCGGUGUGGCUCCAUGCUGAUGUUCAGCUCAGCAGGCCUGGGGUUUGCCUUUCUCCUCAAGGAGCAGAAGGAAGCAGCUCAGCUGUGCCUGUGAUCAGCCACACGCCCAGGAAGGGACCCCAACCCCAGGAGCUGCUCCCACCUGGCUCUCCUGGCUGGAAACCCUGCCCAGUGAGACACAGGGAGCAGCAGCCCCCAGAGAGGCUCCACGAGGGGAUUCUGCCAGGCCCAGCACUCACACCUUCCCAGCGGUCUUGCUGCAGCCUCCUCAACCCAGGCAGGGGAGCAGGGCCCACUGGACAACUAAGGGAUGCAGAGACCAGAGGCAGGUUUUGUAAAUAAAUCAUUUCACUCCAAGUAUUGGAGUGAGUG